CUUCACAACCAGCCCCCAAUGGCCGCAGUAGAGGCUCUCGACACCGAAGUCGAGCUCAUAUCCGCCUCGAUCUUGCCAGCAGAGUCCCUCACAUCGACAGACUCGGGCGCCUGGCCAAGGAUCGUCACCGUCACCAAUGCCGAAAGCCAACGGUCACUUCACAUUGCGGUAACGGAUGCGUAUCCUCUCCGAGGUGCGGUGACCAUCGAGCUCAAGGGCAACGAUGUCGGGCGGGACGAGGCUGCCGAGUGGAGUGCGCAAAUCGACGCCUUCUUGGAUGAGUGGGAUGAGGGAGAUGGAUACCCACUGUACCAGAUGCUCACCGCGCACAUCCUCCCCCUCCUCGUGCCAAACUGGGACGCCUUGACGACCAUCCAAGAGCAGCCCAGCCCUCCUCUCGGGCCCACUGUAGCACAUCACGUCCUCCUCACCUCCCAUCACCUGCUGUCUCCCACGAAGCGCAAGGACUUUAUCUCGCUCGCGUCCGAGCUGUCGUUGACGGGCUUCUCCAAGAUCGGCCAUCCGGGGAUCUACUAUGCCAUCGGGCAUCGAGACGACUUGGACGAGUGGCUGCGGGAAGUGAAGAGCUGGAACUGGCUCGCUCUGCGCGUGAGGCUAGGGAUCGAGCCAUUGCCAGAGGAGGCUCUUGGAGGUGGGCGCGGGAGCGAAAGUGGCGCGCGGGGUGGCAAGGGGCGUGGAGACUGGGACGAGCUGGAGAAGAUCAGCGAGGCGCUGGAUUGGUUGAAGAAGCGAGGGCGUGAACAAUUGCUACUGGACAUUGGGAUCGGAGGAGGAGGCGGAGGAGGAGGAGGAGAAUAA